AUGUCGUGGUUCACGUGCAGCUUGACUUUGGCGCUGUGGAUGCAGGGAGGGCAGCCGUGUCUAUUUAAAGAGGGUCGUCCAGUCGCGGAUAAAUAACAGAGGGUCCAUGACGUUGACUCAAGCGCCCCCAAAUGCCCCUCAUCUCGCGCUCCGUCUCUGCCCUGCGCUGAUUUAACGUCGACACUUUGGCUGUGAAGAGCAUCGAUCAUCAUCGAGCCGGGCCAGAAGCAACUGCUCUGCGGGGCGAUUCCGAUUUUUAUUUGAUAUUUCUGUGUGAUUUUUGUUUGUUUCCUUUUUUAAAAGAUGGGUAAAGAUUAUUAUAAGACGCUGGGGAUCUCUAAAGGAGCCACGGACGAGGAUAUCAAGAAAGCUUACAGAAAACAAGCGCUGAAAUGGCAUCCGGACAAAAACAAGUCUGCAAACGCCGAUGAGAAAUUUAAGGAGGUCGCUGAAGCCUACGAAGUCCUGAGCGACCCUAAGAAAAGGGACAUUUAUGAUCAGUAUGGAGAGGAAGGUCUGAAGGGUGGAAGUGCUCCGGCUGGCGAUGGACAGGGCACCAACUUCACCUACACCUUCCAUGGAGACCCUCAUGCCACCUUUGCCACUUUUUUUGGUGGCUCCAACCCUUUCGAGAUGUUCUUUGGGCGCAAAGCCAACGGACGAGACGACGAGGACAUGGAUGUGGAUGGGAACGACCCCUUUGGCUCCUUCACCAGCUUCAACAUGAACGGCUUCCCUCGGGACGGCCACGUGGGCCUUGGCGGGCAGCAGCGUCGGAAGCAAGACCCCCCCAUCGUGCAUGAACUGAGGGUCACCCUGGAAGAAGUCUUCCACGGCUGCACCAAGAGAAUGAAAAUCUCCCGCAAAAGGCUGAACCCAGACGGCAGGACCAUGCGAACGGAGGAUAAGAUCCUCACCAUUGAGAUCAAGAGAGGCUGGAAGGAGGGGACAAAGAUCACAUUCCCACGGGAAGGCGACGAGUCGCCCAACACCAUUCCCGCUGACAUCGUCUUCGUCAUCAAGGACAAACCUCACCCGCACUUCAGGCGAGAGGGCUCCAACAUCGUGUAUCCUGUUCGUGUGAGCUUAAGACAGUCCUUGUGUGGAUGCUCGGUCACCGUGUCAACAAUAGACGGGAAGACAUGCAACAUGAAAAUCACGGAUGUAAUCAAGCCUGGCCUGAGAAAAACGGUGACGGGACAGGGUCUACCUUUGCCCAAAAACCCGGAGCAGAGGGGCGACCUGGUGGUGGAGUUUGACGUGAACUUUCCGGAUGCGUUGCCUGGCAACGCCAAGGACGUCCUGAAGCGGCACUUGCCUGCUUAGUGCGAGGCAGCAGCAUGACGGCGCUCAGACCCUGAGAGGAGACACAGCCGCUGGAGACCAGCUGUGACGGUACGCAGACGGACGCCCAACCGACGAAUGUGCAAUUUCUAUUUUUGAGCUUUUCUAACUGUCACGCAUGCUGCCAAACUGAUACAAGUGCAAUGAAAGACUGUCUGGACUGUUAUGUACUGGGUUGGAUGGAAGCUGGCUUUUGCCACAGUCACAGCAGAUGACGUUUGGUUGCAAAAAUAUAUUUGCCAAAAAAAA